CUGGUUGCUUCUCUGCGACUCCACCCCUCCUGCAGACGAAGGCAUGGCGAGCACCGAGGCUAGAAGAGAGUGCGAGACAGAAGGCUGUAGCAAGGACGCCAAACUUCAGUGCCCGACAUGUAUCAAGCUUGGUAUUCAAGGCUCUUACUUCUGCUCCCAGGAAUGUUUCAAAGGGAGCUGGGUGUCCCACAAGUUGCUGCACAAAAAAGCAAAGGAGGACAAGAACCAGAAAGAAUCUAAGAACUGUGUGGAGAAGGACAUUAACACAGACCCGUGGCCAGGUUACCGCUACACAGGAAAACUACGUCCUCACUACCCACUGACUCCAAUGAGGCCUGUGCCAGGUGACAUCCAAAGACCUGACUAUUCUGAUCAUCCCAGAGGGAUAUCUGAGUCUGAGCAGUUUCUGAAGGGGACAUCGCAAAUCAAAAUCCUUUCUCCUGAGGACAUUGAAGGAAUGAGAGUAGUGUGCAAGUUGGCGCGAGAAGUCCUGGACAUUGCAGCAGUGAUGGUGAAGCCUGGGGUUACAACAGAAGAAAUUGACCACGCUGUGCAUCUGGCUUGUUCAGCGAGGAAAUGCUAUCCUUCACCUCUCAAUUACUACAACUUCCCCAAAUCCUGCUGCACAUCGGUCAAUGAAGUCAUCUGCCAUGGCAUCCCAGACAGGCGACCACUUCAAGAAGGGGACAUCCUCAAUGUGGACAUCACUGUAUACCACAAUGGUUUCCAUGGUGACCUCAAUGAGACCUUCUUUGUUGGAGAUGUGGAUGAAGAAGCGAAGAAACUGGUUCAGACCACAUAUGAAUGCCUUAUGCAAGCCAUUGACUCUGUCAAGCCUGGCAUUCGCUACAGAGAGCUUGGGAACAUCAUUCAAAAACAUGCUCAGGCUAACGGCUUCUCUGUUGUGCGGAGCUACUGUGGUCAUGGCAUCCACAGACUUUUCCACACUGCUCCAAAUGUUCCACAUUAUGCCAAAAAUAAAGCGGUUGGAGUUAUGAAACCUGGUCAUGUGUUCACCAUUGAGCCCAUGAUAUGUGAAGGUGGCUGGCAGGACGAGACGUGGCCUGACGGCUGGACAGCGGUGACCAGAGACGGGAAGCGCUCUGCUCAAUUUGAACACACUCUGCUGGUGACAGAGACUGGCUGCGAGAUCCUCACCCGCCGCCUGGAAGACAACGGCAGUGCCCAUUUCCUUAGCCAAAUGUAGGCUGGAGAUGAACCCCAGGACUGGACUUUCGAAACACAGACAACCCAGCACCUCUGGAUCUCUCUCACACAUACACACACAUACACACAAAAACACACACACUGCACCUGUCCCAGACCAGAGGCACAACUCCUGGAGCUCAGUUUGACAGUGGCUCUUGUUGUUCUUUGAAUUAAAUAUGGGUUCCUUAAAUGAAAUGGUAGUACUUGAAUGUGUCUUAAAUGAAACAUGGAGUUGCUUAUAUCCUUUGAAUUAAAUAUGAAAGUAUUUAUUAGGUUUUGAUUUUGCUCAGUAGUUGGGCAUGGAAAUCAGGCCUGUUUUGAUCUAAGGGUGAUAUCACUCUGAACUUUUACCAGCUGGCUAGUUGUCUGUGGUGUGUGGAGCUCAGGGCAAAUUCAGCUGGUAUGCCAUGCUUUACUUUGUUUUCUUCUGCCCCUGCUAAGCUAAUGAGACUUCGUUUAUGUAUCCCAGGGGUGGACUGAAGGAACUAGAGACAGAGCAUUCUAUGAAAGUAACAACCUGCCGUUAAAUAUGUAUUUACAAUGUGGAGUUAUACACGGUUAUCUCAAUUUGUAUAGCUGCAAAGUAAAAUAAGUUUUCAAAAGCAUUUAAGGGGAUACUUUGACAUUUUAGUAAUGCAUUUUGGAUGAAAGGCUCAUUCAUUGACAUACAUGUUUCUCCUCUCACUUUGUAGCCUUAUUCAGUAGAUGGUUUGCUUAGCUAGUGUGAUGCAGUCAAAAGUUUGAGAAAUCUAGAUUGAAGGAGCCAAAAUUUUGUUAACUUCAUAUUUGUCAAAUGUUUUUUUUAUUUGCUCAAUAAUUUAUAUUGCAAAGAUCGAUAUGGUAAAAGAUAAAGCCCCUUUAAGAAUCCUCAAGAGAUAGUGGUAGUUUGAUUUAUGUUGCUUUUGGGAAGAGCCAGGCAAACUACUGUCUUCUUUUCAGUCUUAAAUAGACCAAGCUAAGGUAACCAUCUCCCAGCUGUGCAGUGAAGAACACUGAAUCCAUUUGCAACAUUGCCAGCAGAAAUAUAUUCAGAGAUAUGUUUUUAUCUGUAUGCAUUGAAGCAGAAUCAUUGAAUUUCUAUUAGAUAGAAAUAUCUAUCUACAGAGAGUUCAAAGGGUUUGCAAAAAUGCAUGCUUUAGUAGGUCUCAACAUUUUGGUAUUUUUUCAUCCACCAUAGAGGGAAGCUAGAGGGGAAUGCUUACGAGUUAGUAACAAACUGAAACUUCACCACUAGAUGCCUCUUAAUCCUUUACUGCUCCACAGACAUGAGAGUUUUAUCUUAAUCCAACUCUGAAUUUAAGAGCAAAUUUAUGGGCAUUAUAAAAAUGUCAAAUUGAUAUCCAAACACAGCACGUGCAUUCAUCAUUUUUGUAUCUUUUCCAUCGAUGCACCCUUAGCUAACCAUUACAUCCUGGUUGUGGCUUGUAUUAGUGCUCAGCUACACAGCAAUUGAUGUCAGGCAUGGUUUCUGUCUGUCCCAACAACAGAAAGUCUACGUAGAAAUGUGGAAUAAUACAUUGAACACAAAGUCAUAAAUGCUGAGCUUGUUAAUCCUAUGUUUAGGAUUACUUGAGUGUCUCCUGUUUCAGAAAGCCCUGGUGUAGCAAAUUGAGCCUUAAUGUUAGAAUCAAGAAAUUACACCUCGACAGGUGAAUAAAGGCUUGAAGUGGUGUUUGCCUUCAAAUCAGCAGUCACCAUUUAUGUUGAUGUGGGGAAUUUCUGGUGCAAGCAGCAUUCAUUUCUACAUUUUCAGAGGAUUUAUGUGAUUGCAGUUUCUCUGCCAUCUUUGUAUUUCUUCUAAUGGAGUAAUAAAUGACUCUUCUGUA